AUGGAUACUGACGCAGCUUUGAAACUCUUGGUUAGCGGUCAUAUAACUCCUCAAAUGAUUGCCCAUGUUGCUCGAAAAGCUGCUGAAGUAAUCCCAUGCGACCCUCCACCAACUAAUCAACAGCAAAUUUCUCAGUUAGCAAAUAUAACACGAGCUCUUGGUGAUGAUAAUCAGCCUUUGCCUCCUUUGAUAUCGUUUAUACACCGAUUAGUAGUAAAAUCGAAUGUUUCAACUGCCACUUUCCUCACAACAAUAGUUUACUUGGAUCGUCUAAGAAACAAAUUGCCAAAACUCGCAAGAGGCAUGCACUGCACGCGUCACAGAGUUUUUCUCGCCACUCUAAUAGUUGCUUCAAAAUAUUUGAACGAUUCUUCUCCCAGAAAUAAAUAUUGGGCUAGAUUUUCUGGCAUAUACACAGUUUCUAAGACCUCAAGCAUUGAUAAAUGUUGA